AUGGGCCCCUGUACCGCCUCCUCAUGCUGCUGCCAGGCCCGUAAUCUGCCAUGGGCCCCCGUACCGCCUCCUCAUGCUGCUGCCAGGCCCGUAAUCUGCCAUGGGCCCCUGUACCGCCUCCUCAUGCUGCUGCCAGGUCCAGAGUCUCUCAUGGGUCCCUGUACGGCCUCCCAUUGCUGCUGUCUCCAUCGCCACACUCUGCCAUGUGCCACUUUCAGGUCUCCUCACACUGCUGGUGGGUUCCAUUUUGUCAUAGGGUGCUGUAUGGCCUCCCAUUGCUGCUGCCUCCACCGCCACACUGUGGCUCCACACUCUGGUUUUGGCCCCGUGACUGCCCAAAUGAGUGAAGUGUGCGGUGAUUCUAAGAUCGACGGCACUCAUCUGCAUGUCAUACUGACUGACAGUAUUAUUUCUCUUCCCCAGCAGACUCCAAGGGCAUUUAAAUUAAAGGUACAGUGUUCUGCACUAAUAUAA